AUGGAGCGCUACGAGUCCCUGGGGCUGGUCGGGGAGGGCAGUUACGGCACGGUGCUGAAGUGCCGUCACCGAGACUCCGGCCGCCUCGUCGCCAUCAAGAAGUUCGUGGACUCGGACAGCGACCGGACGGUGAAGAAGAUCGCCCUGAGGGAGAUCCAGCUGCUGAGGCAACUGCGCCACGACAACCUGGUGAACCUCCUGGAAGUGUGGAAGCGGCGCCGCCGCUGGUAUCUGGUGUUUGAGUUCGUGGACCGGACCCUGCUGGAGGAUCUGGAGCAGAACCCGAGCGGUCUGGACCUGAACGCCAGCCGGCGGUACCUGUUCCAGAUCCUGAGGGCCGCAGCCUUCUGCCACCAGCAGCAGAUGGAUCCAGAAAGACGAGCUCAGUGUUCAGAACUCCUGGAACAUCCUCUGUUCACACAAGACUCUUUUCACAUCAGAUUUUUGGACGAGCUGAAUGCCAAGAUCCAAAAGGACCACAGAGACAACUCUACCCUUCCCAAAAUAAGCAAAACCCCAAGACGAGAAAGGAAUGAAGGCGAUGACAAGAACCACAGGAGCAAGGACAAGAAACCAGUUGUGAAUGAUAAAGUCAACAAGGAAAGGGAGACGAAGGAGGAUGAGAAGAUGGGGAAAUCCAAAAGAAAGCAACAAUCGAAGCUCUCUAAAACUGUUCCUUUCACCCCAGAACGUUUGAUGUCCAAACAAUCCAAAACAUUCAGUGACAAUGCAGCAAAAACAACCCUCGCCAUGAAAAGUAAACCGGGAAAAGCCACUGUUGUGGAUCUGAGAAAGGAACGUGAGACUCCCAAAUCAACUAAAACCCGUAAUUUAGAUUUUUUGGAGACAACCACGACUGCAACCCAUCUGAAGGACAAUAACACAGUCGUCCCUAAACCUCAACAAGAGACAAGGGAAGACCAUUUGAAAACUACAGACACACGAGAUGGAGAGUCCACUGGUUUGAAUUCUAGUUGUUCUGACGGUAUUGUGCCAAAUGUAACUGAGAAAAGUCUGAGGGAGAUCUGGAGAUCGUCUAAAUCGGAGCCAAGUCAAGAGUUUGGGAAGACCAACUCAAACACAAAAGUGCCCAACUUGUCUAAACGCUCAACCACUGACCAUCCAAAUGGGACUUCAUCUUCAAAAGGCACUUUGAAUUCAACCCUUGAUCGUACAGACACCCGCUUAACACAGAAAAUGGGAAAGUCUUCCACUAUAGAAUACCCUGAAGGCUCUUUAACAGUUGCAGCUUCUAAAAUCGCAAACUGUGACCAAGUAGAGACAAGCUUGACACUUAAAGCGCCUCAACAGUCAAGCAAUGACCAUAUUGAAGUUGCUACCCCAACUACCCCUUCUGUCACCAAGCCAUGCGAGACAUUGAGGACUUUAGAGCAUCAGGGCAAUCGUUCAAUGGACACAGAGCAAAAAAAGACCUCUGAAUGUCCAAAAGACUUAACCUCAAGUCCUAAGCCAGCCAAAAACAACACAUCUUUGUUUACUAGCCCCUUAAAGAGUCUUUCAAGACAGUCAUCCGCAAUUUCCAUAGAAGCCGGUCAUGUCAUCAGCACUACAACGCCACCUAAAGGAUCCUUAAAUUUAAAGUUCAAAACUAGCUUGUCUUCAGAUCCCGAACCCAAAAAUGACACCACAUGUCCUUCAAGAGGCUUUGCAACAGACAGGAAACCUACAGAAGUAUCGAUCGCAUCCAAAAAUCAGCAGGACAUCAACGAGGGUCACGGAUGCUUGAAGAUUAGCUCAGCUGCAAACCGCAUUGAUGUAUCUGAUGCUUCGGGUGGAGAAUACACGGAGAAUCCUGAAUCUACCGAGCUCUGCGGGAUCCAUCAGCGGAGCACUUCUGAAUCCAAGAUCAGCACAGAAUCCAGAAUAACCCCAACCUCCAUGCCGAAUGAAAUCCCUAAAACCAGCACGUCAGUUGGAACCAACUUUCAGAAAACACAGAAAGCCUCAGAUAAAGAGAACAGAGAAGAUUUAGCACUUUCUGUGUGCGUCAGUGCAACCACCAAAUCUUUGGUAAGUCAAAUCUCAGAGGUUCCCAGAAGCUCAAGUUUUGAGCAAAAGAACAGCUCUGAAUCAGAUGUCAAGUCCCUGAAACCCCCUCACUUCAAAACGUUGAUCGUAGAACCUAAAACAAGGCUUGGGUCCUUUGGCAACAAGUCCACCGCAACAAUGACCCUAAGGACUAAGAAAACUACAUUUCCUACAGAGGCCAGAAGGAGAAGAGACAAUGCAGACAUGUACGACUCAACUAAUACAUCUACUAUCGCAGAUGCAACUUCAUCCGCCCACACGGCGACUCCAGACCACCAAGCCUUGACAAGAAGCUUAGUCUUCUUUCCCAGCAUGGACGCUGCAGACGCAGAUGAAUCUGAUUUCAGUGCAGCCCAUUCAUCUCCACCGCCGCCUCCUCCACCUUCCUCCACACCUGUCAUUCCCUCUUAUUCUGUCGUCUGCCCAGCCGCCAGCAAUCGGCUUUCGGGUUUUCAUCCUGGGACCCACAGCGUUAGGUGUGUGGACAAGCCGCGGCCUCACGGCGGCAUCUAUAGUCGACCGUCCAAUCACAUCACAGGAUCACUCCCUGCACAGGUAACGCAGUGCAAUCUGGUCUGCGAGCGCUCUUUCCUGUGCGAUCGCUGUAACCAUGGCAACAGCGGUGGCACCCCAGAGACCAGAAAGAAGUCAGACCCCCAUUUCCCAGAUCUAAGAAGCUCAGUGCUGCCAGAGCUCAGAGGAAGAGAAGGCAAACACAACAAAGGCGCUUCCAAGGAUCAGAGGACAGACAAACCGUCUCCUCCGUCUCCAUCGGACACAGAAAGACCGCGACAAGCGUCCCUUCAGGUUUUACCUUAA